UUGAGGGGCAGUACCGCGAAACAUGUUCAUUUUAAUUCAUUUUCUCCCUCUCACCUCCCCAAACUCUCUCUCUCUCUCUCUCUCACACACACUGUUUAUAAGACUGUUUCAGAUACCUCCCAAUAUUUUAUUCUACCUCCAUUGACCUCGAAAGCAUUCUCAAGUCUUUGCAUUUUUCACUGCUCUUUCCUUAUUCUCAGUCACUCACUCAAUUCCACCAUAAAGCAAUGUAACAUUGAAAACUCAAUUUCUGAAUCACUAAUAUACAUAUAUAUCUGUAGUACAUGUAGAACUGAAAUGGGUUGUUGUGCCAGCACCACCAACAAAGCAGCUUCAGUUUCUCGCAACAAUCGGCGUUCGCUGGCGGCGAGAUCUCACAGCUCCCAUUACAGCAGAGCACCACCACUUCCGUUUUUGGAGGAAGAGACCGUGAAGGAAGUGCUCUCCGAGACUCCAACUCCAAAACCUUCCCUCCCAAAGAAGAUCGAAGACGAAGAGAAGAAGAUCAACGAACCUAAACUUGCUCUGCACAAAGUCCAAGAAGAGGACGAUUACAACAAUGUCGACAAGAAACCUUUAAGGGUUAAUGCAGAAGAGAUCUCUGAGAUCUGUAGCUUAAGCGAAAGCGUGUCGACGACGACAGUUACGGAGAAGAGAGAAGACGAUGACGGCGAGGUUCGGCAGAGGGUGAACAGGUCGCCGGCGAAGUUCAGAAACCGGUCCUUUUCCGGUGUUUUGUCGGGGAAGGGAGAUGGGGCAGUGGGAAAGUCACCGGUGAGAAGGUCCGAGCCAGCACCGGGCCGGGUCAGGCCCAGGCCCAGGCCCACCAAAGAAGGGCGCGUUUUGAAGACAGACCGACAGAGGAUGGACUCGGGAGACAGUUUCCACCGGAGGCCAAGGUCACCGGCUACUUGUUCAGACACCGGCGGGAAACGGCCCGGUUUGGGUCGUACCCCAUCGGGUAGGAGAUCAUCGGGUAACUCUCCAGCUCGGGUUAGAUCCAACAUUCCUGAGAGGACCCGGAAAAUGGAGGAGACGAAGGCGGAGAGUAAGUCGCCACCGACGACGAACGAGUUACUUGAAAACCCACUUGUGUCCUUGGAAUGCUUCAUCUUCCUCUAGAGGUAUAAUAUGGUUGGUGUCGUAAUUGUAGGUCAAUUGUAGGUCAAUUUAGUGCUAGGCACGUCCUUUUGUCUUCAUCUCAUGUAGAUAAAAGUCAAAAGGUAAAUUUUGGGGAAGACAAGUUGUCUGCUCCUCAAAUUCCAAGUUUACCCUUCUAGAUAGUACAGUAUGUAUUUCUAGCAUGUUGUGUCCCACUGCAUAUUUGGAUUCGCAAUCGGCAAUGGCAUCAGUGGACCUCUGUUUACUCGAUUGCUUCCGCAUGGUGACUUUUAAUUGUACCUUUAAAUCUGUAACUAUAUUAGACCUAUUUAUGUAUCUAUCUGUAUACAUACAUAUAUGUAUGUGUAUAUAUGUGUGUGUUUUGUUUGCCU